AACAUUCAUGCGACCCAAAGUUUUCAGUAGUUAACAACUUUUUUCUUUUUUAAGUAAUAAAAUGGCUAGAAUUUUGCUACAUUAAAGCUGAAAUCACUAAAAAAUAUGUCAGUCUGUCCGUAAUGAACAAAUUUUUCGAAAGAAAUUAAUCGACUUUCAACUAGUACACUCGAGUGAACAGAUUUAGCAUGAAAGGAAACGACAACAAUGUCUACACCAAGGGUAGACUUUCUGAAAGGAACUGUGCUAAUGUUUUUCCUGCAGGCAUUUUUGCUCGUUUCGGACAGUGAAGAAGAGGAUGAAAUAAACUUGCCCAGAUCAAAGGCAAGUAGCAAAUCUCAUAUAGGUACCGAUGAUCAGCUGUCCAAGGUUAAGCAAGACAUGGAUAUAGUGGCAAAGACAAUGAAAAAUAACAUGAAUAAGGUUUUGGAUCGAGGCUCAAAAUUAGAGGAUUUACAGGAUAAGACAGAUGAUCUUGACAUGAGUGCAUUUAAAUUUGUUCGUGGUUCACGGAAAUUACAGAGAAAAAUGUGGUGGCAGAAUAUGAAGCUUAAAGUCUUAUUUGGCUUCAUAUUGGUUUCCUUGCUUUUGGUGUUGAUCGUAUCUUUGGUUGUGACACGUAAGAAAAAAUGAAUAAAAAUCAGUGAAACCACCAGGUAUUCAAAAGGUAUUAAUUUCCAUGGGAAAUGAACAAUCUAAAUAUUAAGUGUUAAAUUUUUACAUAUUUUGUAUAAUUUUACCGCGUGUAAUAAUUAGUUUUAUUGUUACACUCCAACCAAAAGUGAACAAUGUUUUAUCAAAUUGAUAACUACCUGUAAUUUAUUUACCUAUAUCAUUCAGCCGUAUUCACGACAUUUCUGCAAACUCUCAUACUCCCUUGCUCUUACCUUGCGUCCAAGUCAAACUUGGUAAAAGUAGUUUUAAUAAUAUCUUGUUUGUCUUUAGGGAUAAGUUACUAUAGAAACGGCUUUAAAACUUAAAAAAUAUAUUAAACUAUCUCAGUUUGACACUAA